GUGCCUGGGGAAAGGCCCCAGCCGGCUGACUGCAUGGCUGCCUCUCUGGCGGCUGCUGUCGGGGAAGCAUGAGCCUGGAAUGCUAAUCAGGCAGCUGCUAAGCGAGGCUGCGGGGCGGCCAGAGCAGGGGGAGCCACCGAGCUCUCCGAGAACAACAGGCAGCCAGGGAGGCACACGCACAGAGACGCCACAAAAAGCCGCCUGCUCCGGCUACUCCGCCGAGGAGAGGCGUCCGGCCAGCCCCAGAGCCAGCCGGGACCCCGGCCCCGCCGCGCACCUGCUGCCCGUUGCGCUCGCUCGGAAGGGGGUGGCAGCUGCGGGAAGAUGUCGUACCAAGGCAAGAAGAACAUCCCCCGGAUCACGAGUGACCGGCUUCUAAUCAAAGGAGGAAAGAUCGUCAAUGAUGAUCAAUCAUUUUAUGCUGAUAUCUACGUGGAAGACAGUUUGAUAAAGCAAAUUGGAGAAAAUCUAAUAGUUCCUGGUGGCGUCAAAACUGUUGAUGCCUAUGGCCAGUUGGUUAUGCCAGGAGGAAUAGAUGUCCACACUAGACUACAAAUGCCUGUGAUGGGAAUGACCUCUGCUGAUAACUUCUAUCAAGGCACAAAAGCAGCCCUAGCAGGAGGAACCACCAUGAUACUUGACCAUGUAUUCCCUGACUCUGGAAUGAAUCUGCUUUCUGCAUAUGACCAAUGGAGAGAAUGUGCUGAUAACAAAGCCUGUUGUGAUUAUUCCCUGCAUAUUGACAUCACACGCUGGCAUGAGAGCAUAAAAGAGGAACUGGAAGCUCUCGUGAAAGACAAAGGUGUGAACUCCUUUCUAGUUUUCAUGGCUUAUAAAGACAAGCUCCAGUGCACUGAUGCUCAGAUGUAUGAAAUAUUCAGCAUUAUUCGCGACCUGGGUGCCAUUGCCCAAGUGCAUGCUGAAAAUGGAGACAUAAUUGACGAGGAGCAAAAGAGACUGUUGGAACUUGGAAUUACAGGUCCAGAGGGGCAUGUUCUUAGCCACCCAGAGGAGGUUGAAGCAGAGGCAGUGUACCGUGCAAUUACAAUAGCAAAACAAGCCAACUGCCCGUUGUAUGUCACAAAAGUAAUGAGCAAAGGUUCUGCAGAUGUGAUAGCUCAAGCAAAGCGAAAAGGCACAGUUGUGUAUGGAGAGCCAAUUACAGCGAGCCUUGGCACUGAUGGAUCACACUACUGGAGUAAGAAUUGGGCUAAAGCUGCAGCCUUUGUUACAUCUCCACCAGUUAGCCCUGACCCUACUACAGCUGAUUAUCUCACUUCUCUGUUAUCAUGUGGGGAUCUGCAGGUUGCAGGCAGUGCCCACUGCACAUUUACCACCGCGCAGAAGGCAGUAGGAAAGGAUAACUUUACCCUUAUUCCAGAGGGAACAAAUGGCAUUGAAGAAAGAAUGUCAAUAAUUUGGGAGAAGUGUGUGGCCUCGGGGAAGAUGGAUGAGAAUGAUUUUGUAGCAGUGACCAGUACAAAUGCAGCCAAAAUCUUUAAUUUUUAUCCCAGGAAGGGACGAAUUGCUGUCGGUUCUGAUGCUGACCUAGUUAUAUGGAAUCCCAAGGCUACAAAAAUUGUCUCAGCAAAAACCCACCAUCUGAAUGUGGAAUAUAAUAUAUUUGAAGGAACAGAGUGUCGUGGUUCCCCUACUGUUGUUAUAAGUCAAGGAAAAGUUGUGCUGGAAGAUGGAAACUUCUUUGUCAUCCAAGGGUCUGGUCGCUUUGUUCCUAGAAAGACAUUCCCUGAUUUUGUUUAUAAAAGAAUAAAGGCAAGAAACAGGCUUGCUGAAAUUCAUGGUGUUCCCAGGGGGCUUUAUGAUGGGCCAGUUCAUGAUAUCAUAGUGACUGCUAAAGCUGUAGCCCCAACUCCUACUUCAAGGAUAGCUCCCUGCUCAGGCAAAAUACCAACUCUUCCUGUCCGCAAUCUGCAUCUGUCAGGAUUCAGCUUGUCUGGAUCUCAAACAGAUGACCAUAUUGCAAGACGCCCUGCUCAAAAAAUCAUUGCACCCCCUGGUGGACGUUCCAAUAUUACAUCUUUGUCAUAAUGAUUCCAAAUGGGAUGUAUUGUAUUCCCUGCCAAUCAGUCUUGGUUUCCACUGGAGCAGGUGAUCUGGGGAACUGCAUUUUUCAACAUCAGUUUCACAUUUACAGAAAAUGUGUCUUAAAAGAUUGCUUUGUUUACACUCUCCCAGAACACCUUGCUUUAUGAGCUGGAAGUGCAGCUCUAAGUAGCAAAUUUAACAAUUAAUUAUAGGUCAUAAUGUACACGGGCAGGGCAAGGGGCUUGGGUGGAGUGGACAGCAUGGAAAUAUAAAAUUGAUCUGCCAUCAAGCUCAGGAUAAAGUUAACCAUGUGUCAGUUUACCCCCCACCCCCCACUCUUUCUCUGAGUGGAAAAUAGGCUAAAAAUACCCAAGAUAAUAGAACUCCCAUCAAGUAUUUUAAAUAUGUUUCUCGCUCAAAUAGAUAUUCAGCAGAUCUUUGACAUGUGCAUGUAAACAAUAAGAAGUUAAUUUAAAAAUGUGUUCAGCAGUGCUGCUGGCCGUCUUGUAAUCAGGACAAAGCUGUAGACAUGUUUUGUGUUUAAUAGGUUCUUUGUUUCCUUUCCAAUAACAACUACUGCCCUUUGUACUCUAAGGAAUUUUAACUGGUAAACACUCAACUCUGUAUGUUUUUAAUACAGUUAGUUAUAUCUAUCUUGUUGUUGAAAUGAUCAAUAAUCAUAUAUUUAUACUAUCUCAUUGCUCAGGCCUUGAACAUGCCUUGGGAAUCAUUGUCACUCUGUACCAAUGUGACAGCAUGAAUAUAAGAAAUCGAAGUGUGUUCUAAAUGUUCAUGGAGUUAGUUGUCAUAGUAUCGAUAUAGGCAUACUAAUGUAUUGAGCUUUUUGGGUUUUUUUUCAUAGUUGUAUUUCUGGAACACAGAGAUGACAGUGGAAGUUCCAGUGUAUUUUAGUCUUUUUGUUAGACUUGUUUUUUAAAGAUUAUUUAUACAGUUUUCCAAGUACCUAGCAGAGGCACAUUUGAAGGCCAGUUGCAUCUGAUGGACUCUUUUAUAAAGCUUAAUACAACAGGUUUAUUAUAUUUAAAGCUCUGUACAGUAAAGGUGAUCUUAUAUGCAGUAUCAUUCCAUAAAACUAUGCAUGUAAUGUCGACAAAAUCACUAUUUGGAUUUUUUUGUUCAUUGCUUUCAAUAAAGUUUGUUGGAAAUCACCAAAAUUUUAAGGCCAUUUGAUUAAUCUUUGUCUACUGUCUUUGUCUAUUAUAGGCUCUUAUCCAUAGUGAAUCAUCAAACUUAUACACUUUGAGUUUGAUCUGAUUCCUUUUAUCAAGGGAAAGAGGCCUAUUGACUUCAGAGAAUCUGGAUGAGAUCUUGUUUACCAAGGGCUCUAUAAUUAGACUGUUCAUAGUUCCCAAACUAGUCUGAGUGCUUACCUCAAACUCUUUGAGCUGUAAAUCAGGCUGAAACACUAUAAGCUCAGUCAGUCUUCCCCAUUAGAUUUCUAGUACUUUCUGGUUUCUACUAGACUAGUGAAAGCUUUGAGAAUGAAAUUUCUUGGACUAUUUCCGUACUUCCAUUUUUAGCCCCAUCUGAAACUAGGAAGUAAAGAUGCACAUAAAAAUUACGGAAAGACAACAGUUCAGGAUUUGCUACAGUGGCAAAGAUGUAUGAAAUCUUCCCAUACUUUCAUUUUAGAUUUGUGUUUUAAUAAAAAUUUCAUCUGGAUAUAGCAAAAUUAUAGUCUUUGAAUGGAGUGUUUCAUUGUUUGGAAUUAUUUCUUCAGUUUAUGGCCCUAUUGUUAUUUCACUAGUUCAGCUGAAAGCAACUUGAGCUAGUAAAUCUUUUAUGGGGCUAUUCUUUCCUAUUAAUAUGUUUUAAGAAAGUGAAAAAUUUUAGGAGUAAAAAGAUGUGCAGUAAAUAUAAAAACUGCCCUGGGUUUCAGAGUGUACAGGGGAUUAAGCUGGGCCAGAAUAAAGCCCUAUUUUUUUUCCUUCUUCUUCUUCAUAAAAAUGACUUUAAGUCCAGAAACUAUACACACCAAGUACUUGAAAAAACAAAAUGAUCUUUCCCAGAGGUGUAGUUAUCUCAGCUCACAGCCUUCUAGCCAACCAUUCACAAACACGUUUGCUAGAAUGCCAAACUUCAUUAGAGCACUGAAAAAGAUCAGAGCUUUGAAACCUCCACCUGCCACACAGAUAAGUGAUGAGGCUAUAAGAUGUUGCUGUAACCGUACCUUUUUCAUUUCCAUAUGGGUUUUCUGUACCAUACACUCAUACUCCAUUGAUUCACAAUAGGCAAACCUCGAAAGAAUGGCUCGUGAAAUUGCUAGUAAUUCCUAGCUUUGGUAGAGCUUCUGUUCCCAUAUGUCAAUGUAUUGCAUAAGUGCCAGAAUCCAAAAAUUCUGAAGUUUCUGCAUUUUUUUAACUUCACAAUAGAUUUUGGGCCUGUAGGUUUUGGGCAAUGACUGAGGCCAGUACUUAUUUGUAAUGGACUAUUUUAUCCAUCCUUAUGCUGAAAUACCAUAGUGAUGAG